AUGAAUACCGUAUAUUAUGGAGUAAAGACGAAUAACUAUGAAGAAGAUGCAUUGAUAAAUCUAUUAAAAAAUGGGGUCAGUCUAUUGGUAAUACCGUGGAAUGACUUUAAGAAGCAUACAAAUGAGUUGAUAUUAUUGAACUCGAUUGUAGUCUUGUCUAGUGAAAUUAAAGACUUUUGGGAGAAUAUAACUUUCCAGAUGAGACAAGUACGAUGUAAAUACUAUUGUUUUCUAGUACCGGAGGAAUUCUAUCAUUUAGCACACGAUCAAGUUCGAUUGCAACUCACUGAAUUAGUCGCUAAUUUACCAGCAAGUGCUCACAUCUCCUUGAUUGUACCAUUAACGGGAAAUUUUAUGCAUUGGGAAUUCUGGAAUAACAUUAAGAUCGAAAAUGUACAUGUCAUGCUAUAUUUAUCGCAAGAAGUUGAUGAAGGUAUACUCACCAGAUGGAGCACCGAACCUAUUAGUUCAAUUAUGCUUCCUGCUGCAAAAUUUGUACACGAGUAUGAAUUGCCCGUUUUGCCUGAUUAUUUGCAAGCUAUGCUAAGAAAGUUUAUUUCCCAGAAACCACCUGCUAUUAUAAUUGCGUCGGAUAAGGAUCAAACCACGUAUAUUAAGGGUAUAAAAUGGUUGAUUUCGAAAAUAAAAAUUGACCCAGCAUCUGAUAUUUUGAUAGAUCCUUUACAACCAUUGAAGGAUAACUUGUCUUUGGGAAUCUAUGAAGUCUUUGAAACAGAUACUGUUAAGUAUGAACAGUAUGAGAAGGCAAUUUUUAGGGCGUUAAAAGAUAUAGAUCUGCCUUGUGUAAAAAUUCUCGUAAUCGGACCUGGUAGGGGACCAUUAAUAGAUAUACUUUUGAAAGUUAUCAAGGAAUUGAGAUGUGAGUUUCGUAUAGAUGCUGUUGAAAAAAAUCCCAAUUGCUACGUGGUAUUACAAGAAAGGAACCGUAUAGAAUGGAAGGAGAAGAUUAAUUUGGUGAACGAAGACGUUAGAACCUGGAAACAUACCAAUUAUAAUUUAGUAAUAUCAGAAUUGCUUGGAUCUUUUGGGUGUAACGAAGUAUGCCCCGAAAUUUUACAAGACUUUACAAAUGAAGAUACAAUAAUGAUACCGCAAAGUUAUGAAAACUAUCUACAACCAAUAUAUUCGCCUCUUCUUUCAAGCCUUAAAAAUGAACAAUUAGAAAGGCCUUAUUUGAUUAAACUAAAUUCGUUUUAUAUUAUGAGUGGUAUACAACCUAUUUGGAAAUUCAGCCAUCCAACAAGAGCUAAUAAUUCUAGAUAUAGAGCCAUUAAUUUUCAUGUUCCACAUAAAGGUAAGGUUAAUGCUCUACAAGGGUUUUUCAUAGCUAAUUUAUAUGGCUCCACACAAAUUGGAAUCCAUCCUCAGCUUGCAGAAGGCUUUUGUCAUUCCUGGUAUCCAUUCUUAUUUCCUAUACUGGAACUUGUUUGCAAUGGUGAUUCGAUAUUAAGCUUUCAAAUUGAAAGAAUCUGUAACAACAAGGUAUGGUACGAAUGGUCCGUUAAUAAUAAAGUAUAUGAUAAGCACGGUUUAUAUUAUUCCAUAGGUUUAUAA